GCAUUUGUCUAAACAUGUUCCAAAUUCCAAAUUUUUAUUUCAAAACAAUGCAUUCAAAGAUUGAAUAAUCGUGAAAAGCGAAAAGAGGGAUCGUACGCAAUCGGAUUUAAAUGUCCUUGUUCCAAUCUGUACAUAUAUGUAUAUCUGGAAAAUUUCGCAAUUAUAUACAUAAGGACAAUAAGGCGCGAAAUACACAGAGGAAUGCGAGAUAUAAAUAACUUGUGAAAAUAACUGCCAGCAGCGGGUGUGCGCGCCGUAUGUGUAUGUGACGGUGAACUAUAUGCUCGCGGGCCGAGGCGAUUCGAGGCUCGCGGUCUCGCGCGUGCACUAGCACUACCGUAUUCGCUAGGGCCAGGGCGGCGCCCGGCCCGUUGUCUAUAAAACAUCGCGACGUCGCGACGACGACUUCACUCCCGUCUCUCGUCCUGUCUACUCUGUUUCUGUCAGCGUGUUACGCGUCGUCGGCAGCGAAGCAAGGUGGCGAGGUUCGAAUCGCGCAUUACUCCUACCGAUAUACCUAUGGCGACCAUAAGCAACGGCAAUGGAUCAACGAUGCAGGUUAACAGUCGACCUGAUGACAUCCAAAGGCGAAUCAUUGGAUCGGAGGACAGUACGCAAGGAGAUGCAACAUUAUGCGGGAAUAUUCUUGUUAUAUUGUCAUGGAUUAUCGUAAUUUUGACGAUGCCGUUCUCUCUCUUUGUUUGCUUUAAGGUCGUGCAGGAAUACGAGAGAGCUGUCAUAUUUCGAUUGGGGCGUCUUUUAUCGGGCGGUGCCAAAGGCCCUGGAAUCUUUUUUAUUCUGCCCUGCGUGGACAAUUAUGCGCGCGUUGACCUACGAACGCGAACAUACGAUGUACCUCCGCAAGAGGUAUUGACAAAAGACAGCGUUACGGUAUCCGUCGACGCAGUGGUUUACUAUCGCGUUAAUAACGCGACAAUUUCGAUUGCGAAUGUGGAAAACGCGCAUCAUAGCACGAGACUACUGGCCCAAACAACCUUGAGGAAUACUAUGGGGACGCGACCGCUUCAUGAAAUAUUGAGCGAACGUGAAACAAUCUCCGGAAAUAUGCAGAUUUCUCUAGACGAAGCCACUGAUACGUGGGGAAUAAAGGUAGAACGAGUCGAAAUGUAAGUAAUGUAACACAAGUCACUUU